AGCCAUUUACAAUUUGUUUACACAUUCCUAAAUGGAUAAAAAUAUAAAAACUAGUUUUCAAAGGAAAAAACAAGGAAACUUUUUAAGCGAUAAAGAAGUUACCAUAGACGAUGAAGCAAAGUUACGUCGUGAGAGACGUUCUUUACGUCAUAACGUCGUUGUAUCAUACAAAGAUCCUAGCGACCAUAGUGACUUCGAUACUUCCAGCGAAGAAAGCAGUUUUAAACGAUUUUCUGGAAGUGAACAUAGAAUUCAAGAAAUUAAAAAGGAACGGAAAAGCACUAAAUUUAUAAUAGACAACACCGAAGAUGAGAGCACUUCCGAGGAGUUGCCGGUUUUUGAAGAUUUUUAUAAUAAAAAAGUUAGCAUUAACGGUGCAGAAAAAGAAAAGCAAGUUCAUAACAAGUCCAAUAAAACUAUAGAGGAAGAUCGCUAUACUGGUUUUUCCAGUGAUACAAACAGCGAUUCAGAUUACGAUUGA